GCAGCCUAUGUUAAUGGACCAAGGAAAGGCAUAAUUAUGGAAAAGAAAUUUAGUAUGGGAGAUACAAUUACAGGAGAAAAAUUCAAUUCAGAAAACCUAUCAACUUCCCUGCCUAUAUUGAAUGUUGAAAAAGAAAUUCAAUUGGCUUUUGAUGCAAUAGAUACUUUCCAAGACAAUUCUUUAACUCAGAACUUAAAGAAGCUGGGAUUAGAAAGAGCAGAAAAAUAUGGAUGGCAUGAUACUUACGCGUUUACAAAAGCCAUGGGAGAAAUGGUAAUUGAUAGCAUGAGAGGUGAAGUACCGGUUGUCAUAAUUCGGCCUAGUAUUAUUGAGAGCACUUAUAAAGAGCCAUUUUCAGGAUGGAUUCAAGGAAAUCGGAUGUUAGAUCCUCCCUUUCUAUACUAUGGUAAAGGGAAACUCACAUGUUUCCUGGCAGACCCUAACGGUGUCGCUGAUGUGGUCCCAGUCGACAUGGUGGUUAAUGCAACCUUGGCAGCAGCGGCGAAACAUGGUAUGUCUAGAGAACCCGCGAUUAAUGUCUACCAAGUAAGUUCGUCGGUUGUAAAUCCAUUGACUUGGCAAGAAAUGGCCACUCUAUUCUGUGAACACUUCAAAUGCAAUCCAAUUUUGGAUUCAAAGGGCAAUCCCAUCAGUGUAGCAGCAUCAAUGAAGCUCUACACGUUAAUGGAGGAAUUCUCCACCCAUCUUGAGAGAGAUAUGGCCCAGCAAAGGGAGCUCAUGGCAAUGAAAUUUUUGAACUCCAAGAAGCCUGAAAUUUAUGCUGAAAAAUGGAUGGAGCUAAUAAGACAAUUAGCUACUAUAUAUAAACCAUACAGCUUUUAUAAAGGAAGGUAUGCAGACAUACAUAACUAUUUUUAUGGGUAA